CCAUCAUUCUCGGUGGAGCCUCCGUCGAACGCGGUUGUCGUCGUCUGCGACUGGUUUUUCUCUUCGCUGAGCUUUCAGAGCUUUUCUGCUGUGUGGGAAAUUUGGCGCGCGCGUUUUUAUUCUACUCUGCCUACCACGUGUUUAUGUGCGUGUGUUAUUCUGUGUGUUGAGGUGGUGGAUCCUUGCCAGUGAGGGGAAGAUCCUUUCCGAUUUGCUUUGGGCUAAAAUCGGAAAGUGAGUUUGACCAACGACAACAAUUGUAGACGCAGAAGCGGUUGAUGAAGUGUUCCCUUGGGGGUUUGGGAACUGAAAAGAAGAAGAGUGUUGGGAGUUGUGAGUGAAAUAAAACCGAAAAUUACUGUCACUCCAUUGUGAGUUGACUUCCUGUUUCCGACGCUGUUAUAUCUCCUGUUUCAGGAAAAGCUCCCUCGAGGGACCGGAAGUGCUAUCAAAAAGGGAAGCGGGCCCAAAAUUUACGUUUUCAUCUGCUGUGUGUUCGGAAAGUCGUUUGUAAAAGAAGAAGGAAAAUCAACGAAAACAAGUCGAAAGAAGCGUUAGAUUUAUUCUCCCUGGUGAUAUGUCCUGAAGAUGGACGGCAAGUGAAAGAUUUAUACGUUGUCAACCUAGAGAACGCUGCUGGUGAAGGUCCUUUUGCAGUUUGUGAUUGUGAAUAAAAGCUUUAUUCCCAAAAAGAGAAACACACAACAAAAAAAGUUUUCCAUAUGACCCUAAAUGGUUAAAUAACAGAAAAGAGAAAAGUCGAAAAAACGAAUAAAUUUUCCAAUCCAACUAAAGCCCAAGUGAAAUAAAUUAAGGAAGGAAAUAAAUGUUUAUGGCACCGAUGUUUUGGCCCGGAAUAAAACCAGAUUGCUACUAAAAGUUCGUUGCGACUCGACCAGCAAAGUUCAGUCGAGGGGAAAAGUGAUUUUCGCAACUUUGCAUUUGAAGUCGGCUCAAAUGAUCCAAUAAAGUGUUUAAAACAUGUGCAGAGAUCAUCAAACCAGAAAAUAAAACAAAUAAAAUAAAAGUGUAGAGUGAAAAUUUCUGCACAAAAAUAAUAAGUGCAAAUUAAACAUCGAAAAAAGAAAAUUCAAAGCAGAGGUUUAAUUUAAUCUAACGAGAAGAAAAGUAUCCAAAGCUUGUAAACAAAGUCGUAAAAAAGUACUUUGGGUCGAGUUGGUUGCAACAGCAGAGGAGCAGAUUUUCAACUUGUUUAUUGCGCGCGGGAGAAGGCGAAUUUUUACUGUCUCAAAAGCAGUGAUUGAAGUUUGUUGGGGGGGUGUUUCGGAAAACGAUAGCGCCAUUGUUUGUGAUAUUUCGGGAGUUGAUGUGAAAGUUCAUUGAAAGUGCUUUUGAUCAAGUUUGAGACAAAGAAGGAAAUUGAGCGUGUUUUUUGAGGGGAGGCUGUUUUAACAAGUGGAUUUGCGGAGCAAUUAGCAGAUAUUUAUUUCGCGUUGACCCCAACUCUACUAGAGGAUCGUAAAAUUUAAGCAUCAGCUCACUCGCUCGGUGUUGCCGUUGGAGACCAACCUGGACCAUCCGGUAGUUUAGCACAUUGGCCAGUGCAGUGCGCUAACGAGAAGAUUGUUGCUGAAAGCCUCCAUCUCGGAUGGCAGCUCGGUGGUGUUGAAGAUUCUUUUGGAAAGCAAGAAAGUGAGUCCAAAGAAGGUGACCUCACGCAGCAAAAAAGACAACCUCGAAUUCUUCAAAGAUAUUCCUUACAUUUAACAAGAUGACACACCUCCAGCAGCAGCAUCAGCAGCAGCAGCGGCACCGGCUCGGCUCGGUCAGCGACAACAGCGGGGGUGCACCGUCCACAUCCAGCAAGUCGGACAGUUCGGACGGGUCGGCAUCGGAGAUCUGCGAGGUCAUCCAGGAGUGGUCGCUGGACUGCGAGUCACAGUCGAUUCCCAGCCAAGCCAGCAACACCAGCAGCAGCAGUUGCACCGACGGAACCAGCAGCAGCAGUACCGGAAGUCAUCGUCAUCACCAUCACCACCACCAUCAUCACCAUCAUCAUCGGCACCAUCAACAGCAGCAGCAACAGCAACAGCUGCAACAACUUCAGCAACAGCAAAGCUUGAACGGGAACUACAUCAACGAAGAGGAUGACACAGAGCACGAGUACAGCAAGCACGAUCUGAUCAGUCUGGACAACGGGAUGAUCACGGAGUUUGAGCGGGCCCAGGUCGAGAGCUUCUUCAGCGGGUUGGGCACGGAGGUGUACGUCAGCACGUCGCUGGCCAACCUGUACGAGAGCGUCGGCAAGGAGGACUGGCGCCUGGUGUACACCGGAAUUCCGGUGCUGCUGCACGACAAGGGCUGCACCCGGUCCCGGUGCACACCCCGCGUAAGCUUCGUGCUCGCCGAGCGGGGUACCUGUUUCGCCCUCUGGAAGGACACCAUCGACAAUCUCUCGGACUACAAGGUGGCCGCGGCCGCCUUCCACACCAUGUGUCUGUCGGCAGACCACCGCAAGGUGAUCGGCUUCAGCUUCGACUCGAACCAGGCCGCCCGCGAGAUGUGGGUGCGCGUCGAGGAGCUGAUCAGCAACCCGGAGAACAUCGCCCUGUCGGCGCCGGGCCGGAAGCGCAAGUCCAAGAAGAAGCCCGCCAAACCGGUCGUGCUGCCGCCCAAGUCGCAAAUCUCCCAGCCGUGCCAGUUCCACCACGUGACCAGCGUGACGACCGGCGACACCGAGCGGUACUUUAGCCUGCAGGCCUUCGUGGCCCCACCGGUCAAGCAUCGGGCACCUUAAGUUUUUGUUUUUUGUUUUAAUUUUUUAAAAUUGAUGGGUUCGUUUUUAAGAUUGACAAUGUAACUUAUUUAAUGAGAAAAAAAUGCAUUCUGCAUCACCCUAUUGGAAGAAAUAUGUUUUAUAAAGAGUAAAUUUUAAACAAAGAUAGAACUAAGCUUUUAUUCUCGUCAUUCUAUUUCUUAAAAAUCAUUAAAACUAGUUUUAUGACAAGUCUUUUUGAAACCCGUAUGUUAAGGAAAUCGUCAAAUUCAAGAGAAUGUAAAAGAAACGUUGUACGAUUGUACAUAUUGUGUCUGUGAUAAACUGAUAAGCAACUGUUUCGGGAUUUUUGGACGAAAAUGCACAGUUGAGUAAAGAAUUGUUAGUUGUUUAAGAAAUGUCCAGGAAAGAGUGUAACUUUCAGCAAUAAGAAAAAUGAAAUCUUGCAUCAACGAGUGAAUCAAACAUCAAUGUUUACCACAUUAUUAAAUCCAAUCAAAUUUAAAUGUCUUCUCUAAUAUCCUCACCAUGAAUGGCUGCAUAAUACACACACCCACACCUUCUACUUCUCUUCAUAACACGACGUGACAUCAGUCAAACGAACGAAACAAAUCGAGACUGGUAGGAUUUUUCUAGUGCGCAAAAGUCACUUCUCAGAAACAGCAAACGAAAUCAGUUCCGAAAUUAGUCAACGAAGCGAGAAACUUUAAAGAUGUGUUGUUGCGAGUUUCCGAUGGAAAUGAUCAACUAGGCUUAGGAAGUUAUUUGCAUUAUUUGUCCAAUAAGUUAUUUGCAGCACACUCAAACACACACAAGAAAGAAGAGUUGUUUGAGAUUUAACGAAUAGUCAUCAACCCUAUGUAGCUGUAAGUAAGAAGAAUAAAAUAAA